GUGAAUGCUCCCCUCCAUGAUUUCUAUGAUUGACGUCUAGAGUGCAUAUUGCAUGCAGCAGCAUCACGACUCUCUGACUCUUUCUCUCGCACCUUGUGAGAAACGCCAGCACGUACAAGUGAAGCACUACUGUACCUCUCCUCCGUACUGGUACCUAUGUACCUAGCCACUUUGCUGUACUGACACAUUCUUAGUCUAAGAGCCACCAGUAUCCUGUACUCGUAGUCUGUACUCGUAGUCUGCACUCUACUCGAGUACCCUCAAAUCGCUCAAAAAGCAACCAUGCCGCCACCAGUACCAGUCCACCCUGCGGCCUCUGCCACCUCAUCCCAAGCUCCAUCUCCACCUCCUUCUGGACGCCUGUAAUAUCAUUUUUUCUUAUCUAACCUAUCUCACCUUACCGUCCUUCACCUUUUCAUUCUUCGCCUUUACCUUCACCUUUUUCCUUCUUUUUUUCGUUGUAAUUCUUCUUCGUCCCUUCUCUCUUCACUUCCCCUUUUCCCAAAAUGGCCCGCCUAACACCCGUUCCCAGAAAGAAAGUCGCCAUCGUAGGUAGUGGUUCUGCUGGCAUAGCUGCGCUAUGGGCCUUGAACAGGACGCACCACGAUGUCUACAUUUACGAGGCCGCGGAUCGGCUGGGAGGGCAUACCAAUACCGUCGCAUUCAAGAAUGGCAACCACAGAACCAUGGUCGAUACUGGAUUUAUCGUCUUGAAUACCGCCACCUACCGUAAUGUUCAAUGCGCUCGUUUCAAUGGCAUCUACUAACAUGUGACAGCCAAUUUUAUUGCUUUCCUCAAAUCCAUUCGAGUCCCGACGACCUUGACGGAAAUGACCUUUGGGGUUUCGAGAGAUAAUGGCUGUUUUGAGUGGGCUGGUACCUCCCUUUCCGCCGUAUUCGCCCAACGCAAAAACCUACUUUCCCCUUACAUGUGGAGGAUGAUAUUCGAUAUUAUACGCUUCAACCAGUUUGCUCUGGACCUGCUGAAGACCGAGGAACUCAGUGAAGAACCUGUCAUGCGUACGAAUGGCAACGGCAAAUCCAACGGAAACCAUGUUCAUUUCUGCGAAGAGGUCGAAAGUAUUGGUCAAUAUUUAGAAAGGGAAGGAUACUCGGAUUCUUUUCGGGACGACUACCUCAUACCCAUGACCGCUGCCGUAUGGAGUACUAGUCCUGAUAAGUGCACCUUGGACUUUCCCGCCGUUACGUUGGUUCGGUUCAUGUAAGUGUGGGGAAGCGAUGACAUUGGGGCUUCUGCUAACAUGAUACAGGUGGAAUCACCAUCUGUUAAACACUGUUUCUAAAAGACCUGACUGGUUGACCCUCAAGUAUUGCGCAAAAAGCUACAUAGAUGCUGUGAUGAAAGGAUUUCCGCCAAAUCACAUUUUCCUCAACACUCCGGUCGAAACAGUCACGAAUGACGACGAUGGUCGAGUUCGACUCCAUCUGAAGAAUGGUCGUUCGGAAAUUUACGAUCAUGUUAUUCUCGCAACUCAUGGUGACCAAGCACAUGCUAUUGUACUUCCAGAAGCCGAUGCCGAGGAACGAAGUAUUUUGUCGGGAUUCAAAUCUAGCAAAAAUACCGCAGUUCUUCACUCCGACUUGUCACUAAUGCCAAAAUUGAGAUCUGCCUGGUCAUCUUGGAAUUACAUCACCAGAACCUCGCCAACCUCAUCAAAUGUUGAUCAGGUAUGCCUGACGUACAACAUGAACAUUCUCCAACAUCUUCCUGAGGAAAUCUUCGGGCCCGUCCUCGUAACACUUAACCCUCUACAUGAGCCAGCCCCUGAAACCAUCCAAGGACGAUACAACUACACUCAUCCUCUCUAUAACGCCCUGGCCAUCCGUUCCCAGAGUCUCCUUCCCCGAAUCCAGAAUACAAGAGGAAUCAGCUACUGCGGUGCCUGGACCAAAUAUGGAUUCCACGAAGAUGGUUUCUCUUCUGGACUCAAAGUUGCACAAGAUCACCUUGGCGCAAAGCUACCAUUUGAGUUCAAAGACAGCACUUUUAGCAGAGGAAAGAAACCUGUUCUUGGAUUACGGGAUUUUGUACUCAGGUUGUUGAUCAGGAUUGUGCAAGUGUUUAUAUAUAUCAUUGAGACAAUAUUCGGUGUGCAGAGAGGUUCCAGAACGCAGGGCAAUGGAUUCAAAGCAAUCGGGAAUGGAAAAACAAAAAAGCGUGUAUAAAUUUUCAUUUCAUUUGUCAUCGUUGCGAAUUUGGGCGUGGGUGGUAUUGUCAGCGAUUCAUUUUGGGCUUUGACUUUACGAGGCGUUUAUAAACGGGGUUCUGGUUCACAGUAUAGCAAAGCAAGCAGUUGCAAAGAAUGUUGAAUUUAUUGGCAGACGGAAAAUUUGUUUAUUUAUACGAAAUAUGUGAAGAAUUGAUC